AUGGAUGAUCUUGAGUCGUUGGAGCUCUUUUCCCUCGUAUCCAAAGUAACAACUGAGCUCCAAAACCAUCUCGGAGUGAACGACAAAACACUCGCCGAAUUCGUGAUCGACCAGCAUUUAAAAUGCAACUCCUUUGCAAAGUUCAAGAGUGCUCUCGAUGAUAUAGGCGCGGAAUUUCCUCAGAGUUUGAUUGAGAGUAUAGAUCGCCUGGUACUGACGUUACACCCGAAGUUCAAGGAUAAGCAGAAGGAGUCCUCAAAGGCCGCCCAGCAGAAUGGCGACGAUGAAGUCUUGGACGGGAUUGAAAGGAAAGCGCGCGUUUUUAAAGGUCUAGCGGUGCCGGACAAGGUGCCACAAUGGGGGGACGAUGAUGCAAGGGCGGAACCUACGUCGACGGACGAUGCGAAUGCGGGAGCUAUGGAUGAUACCUUUGCGAUGUUGGAGGGUUUAGCGGGAAAGGCAAGGGAACGAAAGAGCACGACGAAGAAUAGGAAAAGAAGUAGAAGCCCGGAUGGUGAUGAAUAUGACGGCAGAAGACCACGAAAGGACAGAUAUCGAUCUAGAUCAAGGUCGCGGAGCGCAGAAAGAUCACACCGAAGACGUGAUAACCUGGACGAGUUCGGCAGAUCCGUCCCAAAACACAGGGGCAGAGAUGACAAGUACAACAAUGGCUAUAGUGGAAGAAAGAGGCGGAGUGAUCGCGAUGAUGAAGAAUUCUUCAGAAGGCCUCCGACGCCUGAGCUUGACGAUCAGCCAAUACUUUUCAAAAUUUACGACGGGAGGGUUACGGGGUUAAAAGACUUUGGAGCAUUUGUGAACCUUCAGGGCGUCAGGGGGAAGGUUGAUGGGCUAGUUCACGUCUCCGCGAUGCAAGACGGUGCACGAGUCAACCAUCCCUCGGACCUUGUCUCGAAGGGCCAACCGGUGAAAGUUAAAGUCAUCUCUAUACAAGGCAGUCGAAUAGGUUUAUCUAUGAAGGAAGUUGAUCAAGUUACUGGCCGUGAUCUCGUUCCCCAAAAGCGAAUUGCUUCCGGUGCAAAUAUGGAACGACUUAAUGGGACUGGCGCAGAUGACCGCUACGGGAAUCUGAGUUCCUCAGUUCCCGUCAUUGAAGGUGAUGAUGGCAAGCCCAUGAAAAACCGAAAACGCUUAAAUUCUCCUGAAAGAUGGGAAAUCAAGCAACUCAUUGCAUCGGGUGCUGUAUCUGCUGCUGAUUAUCCGGAUAUCGAUGAAGAAUAUCAUGCUACUUUGAACGGGGAAGGAGAGUUUGAGGAGGAGGAGGAUGUGGAUAUUGAAGUCAGAGAUGAAGAGCCUCCGUUCUUGGCUGGUCAAACAAAACAAUCUCUUGAACUCUCUCCUAUUCGUGUUGUUAAGGCUCCAGACGGCUCACUGAAUCGUGCUGCAAUGGCUGGAACAAAUUUGGCAAAGGAAAGAAGAGAGUUACGACAGCAAGAGGCUCAAGAUAGGGCUGCUGAGCAGGCUGCAAAAGUGGAUCUCAACGCCCAAUGGCAAGACCCCAUGGUCGCGCCUGAACAGAGGAAAUUUGCUGCUGACUUGCGAAAUGCGCAAGUAACGAAAACAACCGAUUCUAUGCCUGAAUGGAAACGGGUGACCCAGAGCAAGGACCAGUCAUUCGGGAAAAGGACAAAUAUGACAAUGAAGCAGCAACGUGAAAGUCUUCCUGUUUUUAAAUUCCGCAAACAGUUACUGGAAGCUGUUCGGGAAAACCAACUUCUCAUCGUUGUCGGAGACACAGGUUCCGGUAAAACUACCCAGCUAACACAGUAUCUUGCUGAAGGCGGGUUUGCAAAUGACGGGAUCAUUGGUUGUACCCAACCCCGACGUGUGGCUGCUGUCUCUGUAGCAAAACGUGUGUCUGAAGAAGUUGGCUGUCGUUUAGGUGCAGAAGUCGGUUACACCAUUCGAUUUGAAGACUGUACUAGUCCUGAAACGAAGAUCAAAUACAUGACGGACGGUAUCCUUCAGAGAGAAAUUCUUCUUGAUCCAGACUUGAAAAAAUAUUCAGUUAUCAUGCUUGAUGAGGCUCACGAACGGACCAUCAGUACUGACGUAUUGUUUGGCCUUCUCAAAAAGACGCUUAAACGGCGACAUGAUCUUAAGGUCAUCGUUACCUCAGCCACUCUAGAUGCCGAUAGAUUCUCGGAAUAUUUCAACAUGUGCCCCAUCUUCUCAAUUCCUGGACGAACAUACCCUGUGGAAAUAAUGUACUCGAGAGAACCAGAAUCCGAUUAUUUGGAUGCAGCGUUAGUCACAGUGAUGCAGAUACAUUUAACGGAACCAGCUGGGGAUAUUCUAUUGUUCUUGACUGGUCAAGAAGAAAUCGAUACCGCCUGCGAGAUUCUGUAUGAACGAAUGAAAGCGCUUGGACCCAGUGUCCCUGAGCUAAUCAUUUUGCCCGUCUAUUCUGCUCUGCCCAGUGAGAUGCAAAGUAGGAUUUUUGACCCUGCUCCCCCGGGAAGCCGAAAGGUUGUUAUCGCUACGAACAUUGCAGAAACGUCAAUUACAAUUGAUCAAAUCUACUACGUAGUCGACCCGGGAUUUGUUAAACAAAAUGCCUAUGAUCCAAAACUUGGGAUGGAUUCACUUGUGGUUACGCCCAUAUCACAAGCACAGGCCAAGCAGCGUUCGGGACGUGCAGGAAGAACGGGCCCAGGUAAAUGCUUCCGUCUUUACACUGAAGCCGCCUACCAAUCAGAAAUGCUUCCAACCACUAUCCCCGAAAUCCAACGCCAGAAUCUCUCUCAUACAAUCCUCAUGCUAAAAGCUAUGGGCAUCAACGACCUUCUCCACUUUGAUUUCAUGGACCCACCCCCAACAAACACCAUGCUUACAGCACUUGAGGAGCUCUAUGCCCUCUCUGCCCUAGACGAUGAAGGUCUCCUGACUCGACUGGGACGAAAAAUGGCCGAUUUCCCCAUGGAACCGGCUUUAGCAAAAGUCCUAAUCGCCUCUGUUGACAUGGGCUGUUCUGAUGAAAUGCUUAGCAUCGUCGCCAUGCUUUCAGUCCAAAGUGUAUUCUAUCGACCCAAGGAAAAGCAGCAACAAGCAGAUCAAAAGAAGGCCAAAUUCCACGACCCGCACGGCGACCACCUCACACUCUUAAACGUCUAUAACGCUUGGAAAAAUUCACGCUUCAGCAACCCCUGGUGUUUUGAGAACUUCAUACAGGCACGCCAGAUGCGGCGGGCACAGGAUGUGCGUGAGCAGUUGGUAACUAUCAUGGAGCGCUACAAACAUAAAAUCGUUUCUUGCGGACGUAACACAACCAAGAUUCGACAGGCGUUGUGCUCAGGAUUCUUCAGGAAUGCCGCACGCAAGGAUCCGCAAGAAGGGUAUAAAACGUUGAUCGAAGGAACACCUGUUUACAUGCACCCCAGCUCUGCGCUAUUUGGGAAGGCAGCGGAGCACGUUAUAUUCCAUACUCUGGUUCUUACGACAAAAGAAUACAUGCAUUGCACUACAAGCAUUGAACCAAAAUGGCUCGUCGAAGCAGCUCCAACAUUCUUCAAAGUCGCUCCAACUGACCGGCUCUCAAAACGAAAGAAGGCAGAGCGGAUCCAACCCCUCCACAACCGAUUUGCAGGCGACGACGACUGGCGAUUAUCAUCGCAACGACGACAAGGCAGAGGUGGUGGAGGCGGAACUUGGGGAUGA